AUGCGCGCCUCCGGGGUCAAGGUGAACCUCAGUAUGCCAUCGUUUGGCGGACUCGGCUUCAGCAGUGGCAUGCAGGGUUUCGAGACACCCAUGACUCGCGCAGAGGCCCGGCAGAUUCUGAAUCUGUCUUCCAUGGCCCCGAACAAGGAGGCAGUGCGGGAGGCGCACCGGAGGCUGCUGAUUGCGAACCACCCCGACAAGGGAGGAUCCACAUACAUCGCCUCCAAGAUCAACGAGGCCAAAGAGGUGAUGCUGGGAAAGAAGGCGACGUGA